AUGAAUGCGUCUCCUACUCCUCGUCGGUACGUCUCACGUGGCCGUGAUCCCUUGGACCCCGUGUCGGACCGGUUCCGUGCCGGCGAUCGCGGCGACAGAAUCGUGCCCGAAGAGUAUCGCGUAAACUCUCAAAUGAUCAACACGCUAAUCAAACAAAACCGCGAGCUGACCGCCCAGCUCGAGCGCAAACAGGAGGAGCUGGACCGAGUGAACGUACUCGUGGCGUCGUUACGAGGCAAACUCGUCAAGUACACGGAGCUGAAUAAGCGGCUCACGCAAAGCGGCGCGGUGUCGCCGCCAGAAGUGAUUCAGAUCGGCAAGCCACCGGCGGCCAGCGAGCCCUCAGCCUCGGAUAACCGUAUUCGCGACAUCUACGACAAAUUGGAUGCGCUGACGGCGCUCGUCAGGGGCUCCGCGUCUGCAUCUACACCUCUUCAUGCGCGAGCGCAUUCGCCCGGGCAUACACACGCUCCCGCACACGAAGAGGACAUCCUCACGAUGGAGAGCGCAGAACUCAAGGGACUGGAGGACCAGAUAGACGUCUUGAAACGCAAACUGCUCAUCAAGCGCGAAAACGAGCUCCGAAAACUUUCUCUGCGUAAAGAACUUUUGGAUCUCAUGGAAAAACUCGAGGUACCGCAACCCGCACCAUAUCCAGCAGCUGUGUCGCCCCCAGUGCCCACAGCGUCUGCACCACAAGCCCCCCAGCCCGCCGCCCCGGCCCACUGCGACCACUGCCAGAACGCAUCUCGACGCCCAGCAGCUUACAAAGGCGAUCACGUGACAUCGCAUCUUUCUUCACAUCCACCACCGGCCGCAGCACAGUCCUACAUGUCAAUGGCACAAGCCCUAGAAACGCCGACCCCGGCCCGCAAUACCUACAAUCCCGUGUCAGAUCCCCUGUGGUGA